GGUUGUAACAAAUCCUACAACCCGACAUCUGUUUUUAUAAAGCUUCUCCUUUUUUGCGUUUAUUAUUCCAGUCACGAGAAUUGGGUUUUAUUUUUUCCCCCAGCAUUUCCUGAGUCUAAGCUAUUAUUUUCAUCCACUCAACUUCCUAUUCAAGCCAAGUAAGUGUGGCAUCGUUGCUUUUUUGACACGAGCUGUUGUGUACGAUUAACUUUGGGCUCCACGACAAAAGGCAUGAGUUGCAUUUUUCCGAUCCCGCUGCUCUUCUUGGGCGUACUGAGUCACCUUCCGGCCGCCACUACGUCGCACGCAUCCUUCUCCCAGCUGCCCUUUACGGGUGUAUGGAACGCGCCCUCGGGCCUCUGCCUCUCCAAGUACAAUGUGGAUCUUGACCUGGGCACCUUCAGCAUUGCCCAGAACUCAAACCAGACUUUCAUGGGCGAAGACAUCACCAUCUUCUACGCGGAUAAACUGGGUAUGUAUCCGUACUACAGCCAAGGCAAGGCGGUAAAUGGCGGCGUGCCGCAAAACGCCAGCGUCGACGAGCACCUGAGCCGGGCAAGAGACGAUAUCCGCAAGUACAUCCCCGACGGGGACUUCCAGGGCCUAGCUGUGGUGGACUGGGAGAGCUGGAGGCCCGUGUGGGAGAGGAACUGGGAUGCAAAGGAGGUGUACCAAGAAGCAUCACGAACACUGGUCCGUGCCAAGCAUUCAGACUUCAAACCUGCGCAGGUGGACGCUUUAGCCCAUGUCGAGUUUGAGGCGGCGGGCAGGAAGUUCAUGGAGGAGACGCUGAAACUAGGCCAGAAGGAGCGACCCGGUGGGCUGUGGGGGUUCUAUGGGUUCCCCAAUUGCUACAACUACUACUCAAGCACCAACUACACGGGCCAGUGUCCCAAACAGGAGUCCAAGAGGAACGAGGAGCUGUCGUGGCUGUGGAACGUCUCGUCCGCUCUCUUUCCCGACAUCUACCUCAACCUGGAACUGCGUGGCCUCGGCAAGGAAGUGUCACUCUACACUCGCCACCGCAUCCUGGAGGCCUUCCGAUUGGCUUUGCCUCCUCGGCCUGUCAUUCCCUAUGCCACCGUCGUCUACACCUACUCGCUCCAGUUUCUCUCCCUGGAGCAUCUGAUCUACACUGUUGGUGAGACCGCCGCCUUGGGAUCUGCCGGGGUGGUUCUCUGGGGUGACAAUGCUUUCUCCAAAUCGAAGGCCUCUUGCGAUGCCGUCAAGUGGUACAUCGACGAGACCCUGGGUCCUUAUUUGGUCAACGUGACGUCGGCGGCCAUCCUCUGCAGCCAGACCGUGUGCUCGUCCAGGGGCAGGUGCGCUAGGAAGGACCCCGAGUCGCAGACCUACCUCCACCUACACCCCUCCCAGUGGAAGGUGGCGCACGAGGAAAGGGCGACGGAUAGGCGGCACUACACAGUCCUGGGACGUCUUAGCGCUCAAGAGGUGAAGCACAUGCUUUCCCGGUUUGAGUGCAAGUGCUACCCGGGUUGGGGCGGCGAUAGCUGCUCCGCGCCCUGGCACAGAUCAACGCCAAUCCAAUAAGUGAUGCUGACAUCUACGGGAGACGUUCGCCAGCAUACAGUAUGUGCAUGGUCUUUUAUGACAGUCUUCUCUAAUGUUGAUGAGCUUUUAAUAUGUCACUAGUUUGUAAUGCUUCAUUGCUUUUGGAUAAACAAAAAUCAUGACACGUUUUAAAUUCAGGAGCCGAGCCCUGCCGCAAAAACAAAAAUAUGCAAAUAAUUGAUGCCUCACAAUGAGGGGUUUGUAAUCAUGUACAGAUGUCAAAAGUUGCUGGCAAACACUAAAAACCGAAAGGAACAAAUACCUCCACCGCCAUGCAUCCAGCGUAUGCGCAACAUGAACCCUUGUCAAUCAAAUGACCUUAGUUACUCGUUAAUUAUACAUGAACAAACAAACCACCUUCGCGUGAGACUCACAAAUGGUAUUAGCUGGCUUACUUGUUUAAAGAAGUGGCACGGUGGCCAAAAUAUAUUGGUAUCAGUGUUAUAUCCAGCUGUUUGUGUUUCUCAUCCUGACACUAACUGCAUGAAAAUAUCAAUCAUGCGCUUAAACAUCUAAGCGCAGUGGAACAUGUGGCGCCUCGUUGGCAGCUGCCUGAGGCGUUGCUGGAACAUCACGCUGGGCGUGCGUCAGCAUCAGCAACACAAAGCAUGACACUUGUCUUUGGAGGUCGCUGGGCGAGCUUGUACGAGUGGCAUAAUAAAGACCCCUGUCUUAUUA